AAACAGUCUCCUGGCUGUCCUGAAGCUUUUCCAUUGAGGUGAACUCAGCGCAGGGAUGCUGGGACAUACAGGGCAACAGUUUGUUUCCAGAGAUUCACCCAGGUCCGAACCUUUCCUUUGACCUGGCUGGGAUCUCAGCUGGAUUUCGAUCUGUUUUUCAGGACCAGCAUCCUCGUCUAAAACUACUCUCUUCACCUCAGUGAGGUUUUUUCACUUCAAGGAUUUCAAGGAUUUCAAGGUUUCUUUGUUUCACUUUGUUUUGGACAGUUCUUUCCCAUCCUGAAUCUAAACCUACAACUCAAGCCUAACUUUGGACGAAGUCUGUACCUUUUCUUGCUGCUACGAGGUCUGACCCUGAUGUUGAUCCUGUAAUUGAAACUGAUUCUACCGGUGACUUCAUUCAAAGUUGCUAUGGAUAAAAGUCAACAACAAGCAGGAAGGGCGAGUUACUGAAUCUUCAUGAUGAAGUGGCAAUCCGUUUUACUGAUUUUUGUCUUACUGAUUGGCUGGUGUUACCACCCUAUCACUGGUGACUUUGUGGCCUCUGAUGAACACACAGACGUUGGACAUGAUGAGGAUGUACACCCCAACACCCUCACAGAAAUAAACGGGGAUGUACUGGACUUGGACAUCCAAACAAGCAGGGAUGAACCAGACACAAACACUGAAACAAAUUGGGACGUACGGGACAUCAACAAGGACAACUAUGAGGACGCUGACUGGCAUCCUUCUUCAUCUCUCCUGGAAAGACACUCCAACCGGCCGCCGGAUGCCCCACCAAUGAUACGCAACAGCAACACUGGUGUUGAUGACAGCACCAACCAAACCUUCAACCGGACUAUUGGUAGUUCAGCAGCACAGUGCGGCGAGUACAGCAGCCAGCUGACGUCUAACGGCCAGUGCCGGCUGAUGGCAACGCUGCCUGCAGUGCCAGUGGGAAGGUCACAGAAACGCUGCCCGGAUAUGUUCCGCUGUACAGAUGAUGUCUCAAAUUGGCUCCACGAGAACCAGAACAGAAAGGAGCAGCUGGAGGAGCUGAGGGAGACAAUGUCAGAGCUGCAGGAGGAGCUGAGGAACCACCAGCAUCGAGUCAAGGCCUUGGAGAUACAGGGUGAAGAAAGUGCUAGUUUAAACUCGACCUUUGACCAGCGGUUGCGUUCUCUGGAGUGGCGUCAUGCCGAGGCCGACACACUGCUCCACGUGCAUGCAACGCUGCUGUACGAGCUGCAGGCGCAGCUCCACAACCUGUCAGCCGCUGUGCAGCACAUGAGCCACAACACAGGCUGCACGAUCAACGUCAUCAGAACUACACCGCUGCUCGGCAUGCGAGACACACUGCCACCAGAUGGACAGUACCUGUCUUUCUGUCCAUCAGACUGUGCAUCUCUGUAUCACAAUGGUGUUCAGCGAUCUGGAGUUUACACCAUCGUCUUGUCGCCAGGCUCCACCCUGCCUGUCUACUGCGACAUGGAGACCGAGGGUGGGGGCUGGACGGUGUUUCAGCGGCGCCGCGAUGGCUCAGUGAGUUUUAACCGCGGCUGGUCAGAGUACCGCGACGGCUUCGGCAACCCGCGAGAAGAACACUGGCUGGGCAACCAACAGCUCCACCUGCUGUCCAACCACGGCCACUACAGCCUCCGCAUCGACCUGCAGGACUGGAGCCACGCCCACAGACACGCCCUGUACCACACCUUCAGGAUAGAGGAUGAGGAGAACCAGUACCGCCUCCAUGUGUCUGGUUUCAGUGGAACGGUGGAAGAUUCGUUCGGUUGGUACCACGACCAGCAGGGCUUCAGCACGCCAGACACCGGCAACAUCUGUGCCGAGAUCAGCCACGCCGGCUGGUGGUUCCACCAGUGUUUCUAUGCCAACCUCAACGGCGUCUACUACAAGGGGGGCCGGUACUCUCUGAAAGCUCAGAACUUGCUCGGGCCGGACGGCAUUGUCUGGUUCUCCUGGAAGGAUUCAGACUUCUACUCUCUGAAGGCCGUCACCAUGAUGAUACGACCACGCAACUUCAGGCCACGCUUGUCGCCAUAGCGAUGGAGUGUUUUCCAUUAACCAACAAGUAAAACAGUCUGAAGCCCUAAUUAAUCCGCUGCUGAAAACAAAUAUCUUUCUGUUUGUGUAACGUUUGCUGAAAACAACAGCGGUUUUUAGAAAUUACUAAGCCUUUUUAAAAAAUAAAAAAUAUAUCUGUAAGCCUUUUUCUUUUUAGAUGUGCGUCUUCAGUAGGAACCACAGACAAGGUAGGGAAGUCAGAGAGUACUGAGAGACAGGCUAACACAUUAUUGAUUUUUGGGCCUUAGAAUUUAAGGGCAAAGACUAAUGAUCACAAGUUAAACUGUUCUUGAAGUUUAAGAAGCAGCACUAACAGAAAGGGGUCAGUGUGACUUAGAAAUAAACUGCUCCACCAUCCAGUGUCUAAUACCUGACCAGUAAUUACUUUAUUUUACUGCCAAUAUCCAACUGCCUUCGCGUCACAUUUAAAGUGACACCAGGCUGAUAAUCAUUAGUUUAACCACUAGUUUAAUUUAAUCACCAGUAACAACACCUAACAGUGAUGUCAAAGUGUCAUGACCACAGCCAGAGCCUGGUACACCUACACAGGUGAUUUCACUUAUUUUGCAUUUGGGUGUAGGAACGUGCAAAAUGUGUUUGAUUGACAUCCUCCUCUCUCUCCUGUUAGCUGUGUUGCACCUGUCAGGGUGAGGCAAAUUACACCUUUAUCAUUCUUAUUUUUGCAUAGAGUCCGGUGACCUCACGUAAUGCCAUGGCAUCAGAUUUCAGGGGUGGAGGUCAGCCAACACUAGAUCUUAGCUGCUGGGGAUUUACUUUCAACUAAAGGCUACACGACGCUUUAUGCAUGCAAACACUGUACGCACAAGACAUACUGUACAUCCCUGUGUGUGUUAUCUCAUGAAGUGCAAGUGAUCUCACACACACGUAAAUGUAGGAGAUAUUUGGAGGCACGACAAACGUUCUGACCAAAUAAAAGUAAAACAGUUUCUUUUUCAGUUGGUCUUUUCAUGCUCAUCAGUAACAUUUUACCCACUGUAGAUGUCUGGAUAUGGAGCAAUUUUCAGUUGCAGUUAAACAUGCAUACAGCAUACAAUGUGCCUCAUUGUACGCAACACACACACAAUUUUCAUCAUACAUAUUUAUUGGAACAGUUACAGGUAUUUAGUGACACAUCUACAGGCUUCUCAAAGUCACCAACCUCCUUAAACUAACUACUGAACAAUCAGUGUGAAUUCAAGCAGGUCGUUUUCUCAGCCAUGCAACC